UUUUCGGUGGGGAGGAGGGGGCGGGGGCAUAAAUACCACAGCGGGAACACCGGUUCGGACACCAUGAAGUUCUCCGUUCUGCUCACUUUCGGAACCCUGCUCGCCGUCGCCGGCGGCAUCCCCCCGAUUAGCCGCAAGUACAAUACGCACUGCCGCUGCCUGCGGGCCGAGACCAGGAUCAUCCCGCCGGACAGCCUGCGGAGCAUCAAGGUGACCCCCGAAGGGCCGCACUGCACGCAGAUUGAGGUCAUAGCCAUCCUGGUGGGUGGCGAGCGGGUCUGUCUGGACCCUCACUCGUGGUGGGUGAAGAAGCUGGUCCGUUACGUCCAGAAGAAGCAGCUCCACCAGCGGGCCGGCGCACAUCCCGGAUUCUCGGGUUAAUGCUUCCUUCCAU